GCCAUUUCCAUCGAUGGGUAGCACCUCCCUAACUAGGUACCAGGAGCAAUGCUUGGAUUUCCUGUUCCUUCUUGUCCCUCACGGCUAAUCUCCUGUAGAGUCUGCCUCCUUUACUUUGUCCUUGUUUGCACCCACGUUCACCAUCUGUUCUCCUGGGCUGGAGGGCAGGAGCCCUUUUUGUGUCAGUGCUGGGCCUUUCUCAGGGUGCCUUCCUGGUCAUCCUGGGUGAGCAGGUGAGACUCGUUUGUUUCAUUCUCAGCUUCUCAAUAGCUACAUCUGCCCAUAUCAGAGUGUGGCAAAGAAGCAAUGCAGAUCUCCAGGGAAUCUGCUCACCCCAUACUCAUUCACUAGAAAUGUUCAGGAUUUCUGAAUUAGAGUCUCCCCCAGACCAAGCCAAAGAAGCUGUGAAGGUGGCCAUUGAUGCAGGGUAUCGCCACAUCGACUGUGCUCCCGUCUAUGAGAAUGAGAGUAAGGUGGGGGAAGCCAUCCAAGAGAAGAUCCAAGAGAAGGCUGUGAGGCGGGAGGACCUCUUCAUCGUCAGCAAGCUGUGGCCUACCUGCUUUGAGAGAACCCUCCUGAAGGAAGCCUGUCAGAAGACCCUCAAGGACCUGAAGCUGAGCUACCUAGACCUCUAUCUGAUUCACUGGCCACUGGAUUUACAGCCUGUGAAUAACUUUUCCCCCGAAGAUGACAAAGGCAAUAUCCUUGGCAGUAAAAUAACAUUCUUGGAUGCCUGGGAGGCCCUGGAGGAGCUGGUGGAUGAGGGGCUGGUGAAAGCCCUUGGCAUCUCCAAUUUCAACCACUUCCAGAUCGAAAGGCUCUUGAACAAACCCGGACUGAAAUAUAAACCAGUGACUAACCAGGUUGAGUGUCACCCAUUCCUUACACAGGAGAAACUGAUCCAGUACUGCCACUCCAAGGGCAUCACUAUCACGGCCUACAGCCCCCUGGGCUCUCCAGAUAGACAUUGGCCCAAGCCAGGUGACCCUUCUCUACUGGAAGAUCCCAAGAUUAAGGUGAUUGCUGCAAAGCACAAGAAAUCCACCGCUCAGGUUGUGAUCCGAUUCAAUAUCCAGAGGAAUGUGGCUGUGAUCCCCAAGUCUGUGACACCAACACGCAUUGUUGAGAACUUUCAGGUCUUUGACUUUAAAUUGAAUGAGGAGGAGAUGGCGACCUUACUCAGCUUGAACAUAAACUGGAGGGCCUACAGCCUGGAUCAGUAUUCUCAUUUGGAGGAUUUUCCCUUCAAUGCAGAAUAUUGAAGCUGAGUGUCCUGAUGGAAUUACCCAGUGGUUUCUUUCUCUACAAUGAAGUGUUAUUCUCUCCACCUGAGCUGCCUUUUAGCCAAGCUUGUCUGAAAUCACACGGAGCCUGGCCCCGUUGUAGGCCAGAAUCCAGGCAGUGUUGUAUCUAGAUGCACAUGUUCAACUAGGAGAAGAUUAUCACAGAAAAGCGUGGCUCGGAUAAGGAAAUGACAAUUGGUUUUCACUUAUUUGAUCUGAACAAAUGGUUGUCAAACACCAGAAAUUCUGAUAACAAUGAGUAUGCAAAGAAUCAAAUGAAUAAAACAUAAUAACAGUAACACGCAUGUGUUGAGGGUUUACUAUGCACCAACACAAAUCAAAGUGC